AUGACCCCAAUCACUGUUUUUGAAGAUCCUUGGCCAAAGGAUAAGGCCAAAAUUCCGCUCGAGACCGUGUCCCUAAAACACUUCGAACUCAUUGAGAUAUUCCUGAAACUUAUCCCCCACUUCCAGACAGAUGAAGAGGGCCAUAUUUUGCAAGAAGCUCUGGUCUACUCAGAAUGGCGUUACAUCAAUUACAUACGAUUCCUGCACCUGAAGGGGGUUUCAGCCUACGACUGCCCACCGCCCUGGGACGUUGCAAUGAUCUGGUACUGCCACCUGCUAUCUCCCUUCCAUUUCCACCGGCAUCUCUGGGACAACGAUCACAUAUCCUACGGCCUUAACCACCACCAGUUUCCGGUCACAAAACUGGUGCGACUCUAUGAGUCUGGCAAAUGGUCACACAGUAAAAGUCAGAAAGAAUGGGAUCGUUGGCACAGGAAGCCAGCAUGCCCACGGCUUCCAUUCCAGCUGUGGCCAUCGCCGCCUUGGGAGAGCAAGCGGAAGUCCCGGCUAUCGACCCUGUUUUCCAAGAAAGACACACCGACGGAGAGUCCUGACGUGGAAGAUAUUCUCCAAAAAGAGUUGUGUUUCUACGGAAGACUGUGCCGGAUUCCACUCAUAAAACCAUGUUUAGUGAGGGAUUACACGUCGUUGAAGCGAAAAGAAUGCAAGAUGCCAUGUAUCAAAUCCUCGCAGCAUAGUCUUUCCGGACAUCGGUGUGAGUUGACGCCAUGGCCAGGCGUGGAGGAUCUUGCAGAGGUUUUCAACCGUCAAGUCACCUUUUGGAAGGCUGUAGUCAAGGCGCGCGACUCAGAUCCGGAUUUCGCCUCGCGACAACACCUGGCGGCAUCCUCAGGGGAUUACGAACGAUUCAUCAAGCUCCAUGGAAUACCUCCGACGAUGAAAAAGGCACCUUACAAGGACAUAUGGAAGCUCGAUAUGGAUGCGCUCCCGGUACGUGGUGCGAUCAUGUCGGGGCCCAGGAACCGCGAGUUCGUGCCCCCAAACCUGACGGUGGAUUUCCUCUGGCAUACGCAUCGCCUCUACCCAGCCAACUACUGGGUUUGGAGUUUCACUACGGCCGGGAGACUGAUAGACUAUGAGCCGAUGCCUUCGGUCGAGGCAGCUAAGCGGACUUUGGGGGAGACUGAUCUAGAGUGGAAGAAGAGGAACGGGAUCUGGUAUGACGAGAAACACUCUUUGCACCGAGGUGACAUGGAGGGGUAUUUCCCAGACGCUGCUAUUGUUCCACCGGGACACCCCGCCAGAGCUAAAGUCCAAUGGACUCUAGGUGGAAUGAAUCCUGUGAAAGAGAGAAGAGUAGGAACCAGAGGAAGGUACUAUGUGUUUGAGGGGCUUGAUAUACCAUUUGACGGGGGCACUUGGGACUUCGGCGGCAGCGGUGAUGGAGGAGGUGGAGGAGACGGCGGGGGUGGCGGUGACGGUGGAGGUGGAGGCGGGGGUGGUGAUGGUGGUAGCUGA